UACUUAAUUUACAUAACAUAAAUACCAACAAAGUAUUUUAUUAUCUUCAAUCUUGUGUGAUUAAAGAGGGGACAUGAUUUGUUGUGCUGCGUUAUUCAUUUGCAACUAAUGUUUAUUGAAAGAGACUGGUUUUAAUCUAAUAAAACUACGUACGUUUUAAAAAUUCUAUAGAAAUGUUUAAUUUUUUUGCUUUAUUUUUUCUUAUUGGUGUUUUUAGUGGUUUAGGAUGUUGCGAUUACAUCGACAAUUUCGAAAAACAAACAGAAAUCCUAUGGAAAGAACAAUCAGACACUCUCAUGGGGGAAGGAAAAUCCAAAGCCACCUUAACCCUGCUACAAAACGGCCCCCUACAAAGGGCAGUUCUGUUCACCUUAUUGGACCCUCAACCCGAUGGAGCAGCGUUUGCUGGGAUAAGAAAAAACGUGAAAUUGGACUUGACAAAUGUCAACAAAAUAUCCAUGAACAUCAAGUCUAGGGGCGAAUAUAGGGGCUAUGAGUUUUGCUUGAGGGACAGGGGGUUGAGCGGAGUCAGGGCCCCUGCUUACUGUCAAUAUUUUAAGGGUCCUGAAGACUUUGAGACAGUAAAUUUCGCAAUAGACGAGUUCAAACCACAUUUUGAGGGUCAAAUUUUGACAAACUACACAGCCCUGGAUAAGGCGAAUGUAAGCCAGUUGUCUUUAUUGACUUAUGGGGGUGUAAGAUUGCCGAAACAUAUGCAACAGAGUGGUGUGGCAGCCAUGGAAAUAAACUGGAUCAGUAUUUCUUAGAUAUAAGCAACAAAUUUAAUAUUUCUCGCGAUGAUUAAAAUGCUAUUAAAAUUGAAUGUCAGUAACCUAUUCAAAUAAUAAUAUAUUUAAGAUUACACUG